CAGCCCCGCGUCCGCUCACCGGGGUCCUCGCACCGCCGCCGCCCCGCGCUACCGCCGCAUCCGAGCAGGGCAAGAUGGCCUCGGCCACCGACGCGCGCUAUGGCCAGAAGGAGUCUGCGGACCAGAACUUCGACUACAUGUUCAAGAUCCUCAUCAUCGGGAACAGCAGCGUGGGCAAGACGUCCUUCCUGUUCCGCUACGCGGACGACUCCUUCACGCCCGCCUUCGUGAGCACCGUGGGCAUCGACUUCAAGGUGAAGACCAUCUACCGCAACGACAAGAGGAUCAAGCUGCAGAUCUGGGACACGGCUGGGCAGGAGAGGUACCGCACCAUCACUACCGCCUACUACCGCGGUGCCAUGGGCUUCAUCCUCAUGUAUGACAUCACCAACGAGGAGUCCUUCAACGCCGUGCAGGACUGGUCCACUCAGAUCAAGACUUACUCCUGGGACAACGCCCAGGUGCUGCUGGUGGGGAACAAGUGCGACAUGGAGGAGGAGCGGGUGGUGUCCUCAGAGCGCGGCCGCCAGCUGGCCGACCACCUGGGGUUCGAGUUCUUUGAGGCAAGUGCAAAAGACAACAUCAACGUGAAACAGACCUUCGAGCGCCUGGUGGACGUCAUCUGCGAGAAGAUGUCGGAGUCCCUGGACACCGCAGACCCCGCGGUCACCGGGGCCAAGCAGGGCCCGCAGCUCACUGACCAGCAGGCACCCCCGCACCAGGACUGCGCCUGCUGAGGCCCGGCCUUCCUGGCCCCACCUC